AAGAUUAGUUAUCGUAGACAAUAAAGUACAUAAUUUUACUGUGGACAAAACAGUUCUUCCCAAACAGGCUACGUUGUAAGAUGCUUACGUUAUUCGUUGUGGUAAGCAUUUUAGGCAUUUGCUCAACACUGCCUUCUGAAAUACCGCAAAAUGUAAUAAUUGCGCCACCCAAUUGUACUGAAGGGCAAGAAUGGGUGAACGGGGCUUGUCGUGAUAUUUGGAAUAGCGCAGUGGCUGCUGCUGCACCAUUAAAAAUACCCUCAGACAUUGAUGUACAAAACAUGAUAACUGUCCCACCAAACUGUCCCCCGGGCCAGCAAUGGAUAAAUGGACAAUGCCGUGAUGUAUGGAGAGGAGGAGCUCUAGCAUAUUUAAACCACUGGGCUAAAACAAUAAUAAUUGAGGACAAGGCUUUGCAAACUCAAACAGCUAAUGUGCUUACUGCCAAAAUUGAUUCAGAAAUUGUAAAAGUUCCGUUAAGAAUCAUAAAUAUACCUAAUCAAUGCCCUAUAGGGUAUAGACACGAUGCCCUCGGAAUUUGUCGAAGAGUACUAUAAAUAACUAACUACUAUCUAUUAAAUCAUUUUAUAAUAAUAACAACUGAAAACGGUCUAUAACUUUAUUUGUAAAGGUUUAAAGGUGCAUAAUAUAUACUUUUUAAAUGCACAGCACGAAGAUAACAAGCCGCAAUGAAUGCGUGAGAUUUUUCUAAAGUUACCCGUAACCACUGUUAUCGCUGCUAGGUUAUUGGUCUGUGUUUUUUUUUUUAAAUUGGCUUUUGGCCUUGGAUUCUAGAGUGGCAUUUAUCGAAACGCCUGUUUAUCUUUACCGCACUCUAGGGAGGAAUUUCACAAAAAAAUAAUUUUCUUUGCCUCACCAUUUUGAGUUUUAUUACAAAUUGUAUUUCCUAGUCUUAUAAUAAUUAUAAAUAUAAACAAUUUACUAAG